CAGCGUUCGCAGUCCCAACCUGGAGAUCACUCACAACGGACGGAUCGUUUUGGCUUUCGUUUGGGGUACAACGCUUAGAAAGCAAAAAUAUUUUGGGUGAAAAGUGUUUUGUGUGGCAGCAAAAGGUGAUAAAGCAAUGAAGUCGUUAAGUGCUGUGAAAUUCCUUGGCAUCAUUUUAUUAGCAUUUCUUCCCGCUACCCUGUCUGAUGAAUUCCAUCCGAGUGGAAGUGAGGGGAAAACAAGAUCAACACGUGCCACCAAUACGGCCGAAGAACUGGCGGAUUAUUGGAAUUUUGACGCACAACACCGUCUCUUGCAUCAACUCACCAUCAGACCCAAUCACAAUGUGGCCAAAAAUGUGAUCUUCUUCCUCGGUGAUGGAAUGUCGAUCGCAACACUGGCAGCCAGUCGAAUGUAUCUGGGGCAACUUCAGGGGCACACUGGUGAGGAAUCGCGUCUCUUCUUUGAGGAUUUCCCCUACACAGGACUUGCAAAGACAUACUGUGUGGAUAAGCAAAUUCCGGACUCUGCAUGCACUGCAACAGCGUACCUGGGAGGUGUUAAAGCAAACUACGCUACAAUCGGCGUAACAGCAGCAGUGAAGCGUUAUGAAUGCGAAAAGGGUCAAGAUGCAGCAAAUCACGUUAAUUCCAUCGCUGCUUGGGCUCAGAAAGCCGGCAAAGGUACGGGUUUGGUGACAACAGCCCGUGUAACUCACGCUUCUCCGGCAGGAGUGUACGCUCACACGGCUUAUCGUGAAUGGGAAUCAGAUGCGAUUGUAGAAAAAUCGGGUAAAGACCCCAAAACUUGCCAGGAUAUUGCAAGCCAAUUGAUCAACAAUGAAACAGGAAGAAAACUUAAAGUCAUCAUGGGUGGUGGGAGGAAGAAAUUCCUUCCAAAGGGCAUGCAAGAUGAGGAUGGAGAAGAGGGAGAACGAAUUGAUGGGGUCAAUUUGAUAGACGAGUGGAAAUUGAAGAAGAAGCAUCGAUCGGCUGCUUAUGUUUACGAUCGCGAUGGUUUGCUAUCAGUAGAUACAAAUAACACCAGCUACCUCCUUGGACUCUUUGCAUCAGAACACAUGAAGUACAGCCUUGAGGCAGAUCACGAAAAAGAACCAUCACUGGCAGAAAUGACCAAAACUGCCAUUGAGAUGCUUUCCAAGGAAAAGCGUGGAUUCUUUUUGUUUGUUGAAGGUGCCAAAAUUGAUAUGGGCCACCAUCGAGCACGGGCUCAUCUAGCUCUCGAUGAGACAGUUCAAUUUGCCGAGGCAAUUCGCGUUGCAACUGAGCUCACCAACAGCCGUGACACCUUAAUUGUCGUUACAGCCGAUCACAGUCAUACAAUGUCAAUUGCCGGCUAUGCAGACCGUGGCAAUGAUAUCCUCGACUUCAGCACGAGUAAAAGUGAUGUGGACAAUGAACUCUACACAACUCUUUCCUACGCAAAUGGCCCUGGAGCCAUGUCACGUGAGAACUUCACAGAAAUCCUCCAACGAGGAACAGUUGAUCCAAGAAGUAAGGACUACACGUAUGCCGGUACUGUACCGAUGAAAAAUGAAACUCACGGCGGAGAUGAUGUAGCUGUGUUCGCAAAUGGACCCUGGGCACACCUAUUUGGUGGUCUCUACGAACAAAAUCUCAUUCCACACAUUAUUGGUUAUGCUGCCUGCAUAGGGAAUGGCUUAACAGCAUGCAAGAGAUCAUCAAUGUAUCGUCCAAAGAACUGAGAGACUUUUCACCGAUAUUUUCUUAGCCUUUCUAGCAUUUUUUAGUAGAUUUUAAUUUGCUCUAAGAUUUAUUCUCCUAUAUAGAAUAAGUUUUGUAAAUAGAUAAUUGUGGAAUGUUUGGUAAUUAAGCUGAAUUUAAUUUAUUUCCAAUGUAUUUUAUAGAAAGCAUUUUUUGUUGAAAAUAUAUAGUACAAGAUUUCUUGUAAACUGUUUAAGUAUAAAAA